CAAGUUUAAACGACAAUGAAGACUGACAAGACUGUAGUUUCAAAUACGAGACGCCGUUGUUUAAAUAAUCGUGGUUCGAACGAAGAAAGAAUGCACACUAUCAGCGAAAAUUAUUGUGACAAAACUGCAUUUUCUACUCACGUUUGACUUUGUAUAUGUGAUUAGACUGAUUGUUAGCACAAUCAUUCAAAACAUCAAAGAUUAUUUCUGUAAGAUUCUUUUCAUGGUUGAACUGUUUUCUAUUUUCUUUUUAAAUUGUGAAAGCAAUUGUAAAGUGUGAUUCAUCGGUAGUGAUAACAACAAAAACAUUGUCACAAUGAGUUUUUUUGGUAAAAUGUUCGGUGGAAAGGCUGAAACGGUGAUGACCACCGGAGAAGCAAUUCAAAAUUUACGCGAAACGGAAAAUAUGCUGAUUAAAAAGCAAGAAUUUCUGGAGAAAAAAAUUGAACAAGAAAUUGAAACAGCUAAGAAAAAUGGAAGCAAGAACAAAAGAGCUGCCAUUCAAGCAUUGAAGCGGAAGAAGCGAUUUAUGCAGCAACUUCAACAGAUCGAUGGAACUCUGUCAACGAUCGAAAUGCAGCGAGAGGCACUCGAAGAUGCCAAUCAAAACACUGCUACAAUUACUACCAUGAAAAAGGCGGCUGAAGCUUUAAAAAAAGCUCAUCAAAAUUUGGAUACGGAUAAAAUUCAUGAUAUUAUGGACGAUAUUGGUGAGCAACAAGAUGUCGCAAAUGAAAUCUCCCAAGCUAUUUCAACUCCGAUUGGUGGUUUCAAUUACGACGAAGACGAAUUGGAAAAGGAGCUUCAAGAUUUGGAACAAGAACAAUUGGAUGAAGAUCUAUUGUCGACGGGUACACAUGCACAUGAACUACCAGAAGUGCCAAAUGGUGAUAUCAAGGCUCCAGCAGUCGAAGAAAACAAGAAAGUUCCGAUAAAAUCUAUCGAAGACGAUGAUGAUAUGAAAACACUUUUGUCAUGGGCAAACUAAAGUAUAAGCAACGAAUGGCCAAAUGUCAUCGAAUAAACAUUUAUCAUUCCACUCAAUGUAAAAAAAUAUUUAUAAAUUAUUACGAAACAUACUCAAAUAAAACUGAUCUGAAACUAA